UAAAUAGCAACCCCGAUCUAAACCAUAAACACAUUUUCCGCAGUCCUUCCCCAAAUUACCUAAUCCAACGGAUCUCUGUCUCCCGCUUCCCGGUGUCCACGGGCGCUAACACAUUUGGUGGCAAGCGCUAGCGGGCGCCACUCCACUGUCGCCAAGCAGCCUGAUUAGUGAUCAAUAAAUGUUGCUCUGCUGGGGGAUUACAGCGUCUUACUAAUCCCGGUUUCACCAGAUUAAUUGUUCGGUCUCUCACUUGUACCACCACCGGCGACCCGUGCAACCUCAUCCCUGCUCCCAGUUAAAUCGCGGAAAAAUAAUACUGACCCCUCGCCGUCCAUGCAAUAUACGCGUAUUUCGAGGGGGCUGAAGAAUUCUCAGUGUCAUUAAGACCAACUGAUUGGCCAUUGAUCAAGAUCACGCACAGCCAGGCCCGAUUCGGCGCACCAUUCUCGGCGCACGCACUAAAAAAAUCAUACGAGGGAACAGAACUAGACCGCGCCGGAACCAAGUUGCUGGGCACUUGGUUGAAGUUUAAAAUUCAGUGAACAAUCCAAUCAGCAAGAUGCGGAAGCAUCCCACAAUUAUUAAAUAAGUUACUGCCCGCGUGGCGAGUAUCUACAUAAUAACAGAGAAUAAUUAUAUAUCACAACACACUUUGGAUCCGUGAGAUCUCCCUGUGAUGUUUGAGAGAUGUCUAUGGGCAGAAAUGGUUGAUCGAAAAGAUUGAAACCAGAAAAGAGGACGAAAGAUUUAAAAAUAUACAUUAUUGAUUGCCCUGGCCCAAAUUUGAGGAACAAAACUCUUCUUCUGAAGCAAGAUUUCCUCUUCUAAAAUGGAUAUUUUAACCUAAUUUCCCUCCUCAACCUCUGACCCUUCCUAAUUAACAGUUCAAUGGAUGCACAUUGCGUGAAACAAAAGAAGUAACAAGAUAUCAAUCGCAUAGUCAGCCCACUCGAUAGGAAAGAGGACGUCAAGGGCAAGAAACAAUCUCGAAAGGUCUUCAGUAAUACAAUUGCCCGUUCCGCUGGAACCAAAUACAGGUGGGAGCAGUUUUGCUUGCUGGGCUCGGGUAGAGUUAGAGAGACAUAAACAUACUAAACUACAGAAUUUUAAUCAGGAACUGGCGAUCUAAUUCAAGCUCACUACACUACGAUAUAUGAACCUUCCACCGCGUUGUCGGGCCCCUCUACUAUAGGUAGAUUAAAUUGCUCAUGAGUCGUUGUGUCAGGCGCUUAUAAGUCUUGCACAAGCCAGGCUCGUUUGACAUAAAGGUAUUUGUUUUUGCUUGUUCUUUUGUUGUGGAGGAUAAACAUGUAUGGAUGACGACAUCGAUUAAAUAUAUGUCAGUCAAAUUGAACCGACAUUGCUAAAGGCACAGACGGUUAUAACAAAACAAAUUCGAAUUUGCCUAAUAUGCAAGUAUAAUUACCAAAUAGCCUGCAACAAAAUUGCUACUUUGUAUGUAUGUACAUAUAUGUAUGUACAUCCCUUCUCCCAUUUACACUUUGGCUGUUGGCGUGCGAUUACCUCUUACAGUAACCACUGUCGCCACCCUGGAAUCAUGGAUAUUGGGACAGUGAAUCAACAAACAUCUCGAAUACAUAGAAAAGACUUAUCCAGGUAUACGUACAAUAUUGCUCGAUAUCAUGGAUUUCACAAUGACGGUUCUAUCUGUAUUUACCGCUUUCGGUGCCCUCGCGAUCUUAUACGUCUUUAUCAAAGUUUGCCACGUCCUCUACAUAUUCUGCCACCCUUCCACCCUUCCAAAAUACCUAGAUAAAACUAAAGGCUCGUAUGCGCUAGUCACGGGCUCCACGGAAGGGAUAGGGACUGCCUUUGCCAGAGAGCUCUGCAAAUAUGGCUUCAACAUCGUUCUUCACGGCAGAAACCCGGAGAAACUAUCGCGUAUCGAGAAUAAUCUCAAGCAUGAAUUCCCGCACAUCAAAUUCCGACAAUUCAUCUUCGACGCCUCCCAGCCCACCGAAUCUCUCGAAAAAGUUGUUGACAGAAUGUUCAAUGAUAUCCCCCUCACAGUCCUCGUGAACAACGUAGGUGGAACAGCUGGUCAGACAAGUUCGCAGUUCAUGACUUUGAAGGACCAUACGAAUGAAGAGGUAGACCGCGUCAUUAACGUAAACAUGCGCUUCAUGACGCAGUUGACGCGUGUGCUCCUUCCACAUCUCGAGCGCAACUCUCCAGCACUCAUCAUAAACAUCUCAUCCGUAUCCUCUAUCGGCAUGCCGUAUUUGACCAUCUAUGCCGCCACUAAGGCGUACAUCCAGUCGUUCACUAACGGGUUGAAUAUGGAAAUGAAGGCUGAGGGCAAACACAUCGACGUGAUGUCCAUGGUCGUCGCGAGCACGCAGACGGCUGGAAACCCUCGGAGACUCAGUUUCUUCGUUCCGACGGCUGAUAAAAUUGCGAGGUCCUCUCUAGCGCGAGUUGGCUGUGGGGGGGUGUCAGUAACCCCAUACUGGCGACACUGGCUCCAGAAAUUGACGGUUGAUAUUCUCCCUGAGAAAAUGGUGCAGUGGUUGGUCGUUUACAAUAUUGAGCCUCUCAAGGGGGAGUCUGAUCAAGAACUCGAGUGGAGUAAAGGAACAGCACAGAAACCACCCAAGGGAGGUGGCUAAUUUCUUUUCCCAAAGAAAUUUCUCUGGGGUAGCUUGAGCACACAAUACGAUUAGUGUAGCAACUAAGCUAUUAACUAGUGAAGAGAUAUCAACCAAUAAUUUUUGUUGAUACAUAUUCACGAUCUCAUGUUUUCUGCUCUAAGUGUACGCAGUAUGCAUGUAAUGCCAGAUACCAACCGAGGCCUAACCCAGGCCUAACCCAGGCCUAAUCCUAGUGUAUUCAGGCCUAUAUUAAGGUUUACAUUUAAGCAAAUCACACACGCCUAUAAAUUAGCACUGAAGAAGUCUGAGAGAAAUACUUCUCUUCUCUUUACUUCUUCAGUGAUUAGCCCCAGCCCCAUAUCUAAAAGUUAGGCAAUAGAGCAUCGAACACCACAAAGCCACUGCUCCUUGGCACACCAAAUCAGACUUGGCGUACUAGUGACCCUGCUAGGAGCA